CUGUUUGAGCUACUGAUGAAAAUGGUGGUGGAGCCUGUUCCACCUGACAACGAGACUGGCUGCUGACCUGUCCAGUGUGGCAUGUGGCUGUCUCCUGAGUCUGGUGGUAGCUCUGGGAGACACGGGGAAGAUGCUGACUGCCGUCUCCUCCCUCAUCACUGCACCUCAUCACCUGACUCAGAACACUCUCCAGAUUCCCCAGAUAUUCUACUCUCUACAAGACUCAGUGAAGGCAGUUCUACUGGGCUGUGUGACUGUGGCUGAUUGGUUCGAGAAGGGAGUUCCGGCCAAGUCCUUCGUCGAGGAGUGGACCAUCAGUGUUCCUCUGGAAGAGGGAGGGGAAAGGGAGGAGGAAGGGGGGAGGGGUGGGGCGGCUGUGGCCUGCGACGGUCGGUUUUUGUACAUUCACGGUUCGUUUGGUCUAGCAAAGGUCGGGAGUGGCUACGGAAACACACAAAGGGGACUGGUAUACAAGAUGGAGCCUUUCAGACCUGGAGAAAAGGCUUGGCUGGGCCUUGCUGAGGGAAAGCUGUUCUACUAUCCACUGAGUCAGGGAGAAGACAGUGUUCUGGUCAUCAACGCUGACACGCUCCAGGAAGAGACAUCACUGGAUCUUGAUGUUGACUGCCUUGGUUCUCAGUGCCUGUUCUCAGAUGGGGAAUGCAUUGGCCAAAUCAAAGUGAAGAAAGAGGGAGGGUGUGUGUUGAGAAAGUUUGCGACGCUCUCGUCUCCGAUGCCUGUGGUGGAGGAGAAGGCUCUCCAGCUCUCCCAGAAGACAGUACUGGUGAUGGGGAAGGCCAAGUAUGACUCACAGGAGUCCAUACACACUCUCUAUCAAGAUACAAGUGAUCAAGUUGUGCGAGUGAUGGCCUCGCGGAACUCUGUUGCUGUUCAGACCACCAGUGGAAAGUUGCUGUACACUGGCAGUGGUGCUGUGUUUGGUAUCACAUCCAAGGACGUGUCCAAAGGAGAGUGGAAGGAGGUAGCUCUACCAGACAAGAACGUCAAGGUGGAGCACUGUGCAUGUGACAAUGCAGGGACGUUCUGUCUGGUGGUCAGCGACAAGGGAACGGUGUACUUUGGAGGAGUCAACAAGAAGGGAGAGGCCGGGGAAGCAGCUGGGGGUAGAGGCCAGUCAAAGCCGGGCCAAGCUAAAGCGAGUGGCAAAGCUGAGCAAGCAGGAGGUGUGUGGAUGUGCCUGUGGCGGCCACGCUACAGGCAUGGUCACACGAGACGGGAAACUCUACAUGUUUGGGAGUCUGGAGGACGACCUGGUGGAUAAGUCAACUGGAGUAGUGACAGAUUUGCUGGGCAUGCCGGCAAGCCAGGUAGCCAUGGGUCGAUCGCACACGGCUGUCCUCACACAACACGGAGUGGUCUACACCUUUGGCAACAACUCUUUUGGACAGUGUGGAAGAAACUACAAGCCCCCCAAGGAAAAAGGUGUUGAGGGAGAAGAGGGAGGAGGAGAGGAAGGAGCAGGAGGAAGCUCCAGUGACGAGGAAGACGAAGAGGGGCUGGUCCCUGACAACAUCUGUGAUGACGGGGACCACAAGUGGGCCCACGAUGUCUGCAUGAUCUGUACCAUGUGCAGUUACUGCACUGGAUACGGCUUCGGCUGCUGUAAUGAGGGCCAGCCUGGCAGAGAACCUGGACAGUA